ACACACGCUUUCUAACAAGCUGUAUUUGUUCAUUCAAAAAGUACAUCGUUUUCGCCCUAUGUUUCUCGUCGGACAUUUGAAGGGACGGAAACCAAACAGCCACGUAGUAAAAGGCGAAGCUCGCAUAAAGUGCUGCCCAUGUUGGAUGUGCUCCCAGCUGGCCUGCCUCUGAAGAUGGUUUUGUGAGACGUUCUUUCCGAAGGCGCACCAGCGGCACUGUGACUGUUCAGCUUCUCAAUGGAAAUGGAAACAAACCAAUCAGGAGCAGUUCAAAUGGAGGCCAGUGUUAAUCACGAAGACCAAGUUAUAAAAGCCAAAGAAGCUGAAUCCUAUGCAAUAGGAGGAGAAACGCAAUUGGGUCAACAAGAACAGGAUAACAAGCUAAACACAAAAGGGAAUAUUUGUAAUGGUCCUGUGAGGUCAGAGGUGCUGCCAAACGGAGACGGACUGGCCGAGGGCUUUGGUGCUGCUAGGGACACCCGUUGGAAUGGGUCCCUACCUCCGACAGCACCUCCGCAGAGCACCAGCUCCCCUGUCAACUCCCAAACCCAAGACCCCUCCCCAGGUGCUGCUGCUUAUCCACCCAUGAUGCUAGAGAAGUCUGAUGGGGCUAGUGCCGAGGUCACGGUACACACGGGUGAUGCAUUGCAGUCGCUCAGACUCAGUAUGCCUAUGCAGGAGACUGAAUUGUCUCUAGCCAACCAGAAGCCGUCACUGGAGAUGGAAAAUGAGGAGAAGAUUCGCCUGGAGGCUCGCCGGCGCCUGGAGGAGCAGCUCAAACAGUACAGAGUGCAGAGACAUAAGGAGAGGUCUCACCGCACCACCACUAAGAACCGGCCAUUCAGCACCCUGGAUCCAGAGCUCAUGCUGCAUCCUGAGGCCCUGCCCCGGGCCAACACUGUCUCCAUGACGACGGAGUAUUCCUUCCUCAGGACCAGUGUCCCUCGUGGCCCCAAACUGGGUAGCCUGGGAAUUCCCCCUUCCAAGGAGAGGAAGUCCAGGUCUCCCCGUCCCAGCAAGAUCCACUCCUUGGCAGACUACAAGUCUCCUGAGAAUGAUGGUGGAGGAGGAGGAGUAAGGACAGCAGAUAACACAAUGAGCUCCCUCCAGUCCACCAUUAGCUCAGUGUCCACACUGUCUGAGGUCAGUGUGAUGUCAGAGGGCAGUACCUGUGAGACAUACGCCCAGCCCAGUGCUCCAUUCCAAGUCGGGGACAAUGUCUCAGAAAUUGACGGCAGCGAAUCGGGAACAAGGCCAGGGAAUGAUGGCAACGACAGCGACAGCUCGUCCUACAGCAGUGUGUCAACCAGGGGCACAUACGGCAUGCUCUCUGCGGCAGUGGACAGGCAGCAGGGGGCUUACACAGUGGAGGGGAGGGAGAUUGCCCCUGAGGCCAUGGGUCAGUUCCCCUCCCUGCAGGAGGUGCUGCAGGCGGCCAGUGAAGAGCAGCACCUGCUGGAGUUGGAGCAGCAGAGAGAAGAGACAGCGGAGCCUCGGAGUCGCAGGGACAGUUUCUCCAGCAGUGUUUCUCUGGAGAGUUCAGUGAUGGGCCAUGAUGACAUGCUCCAAGUGCUCAAAGAGAAAAUGAGGCUUGAGGGCCAGCUGGAGUCCUUGUCAUCUGAGGCCAAUCAGGCUCUCAAAGAGAAGACAGAGCUUCAGGCCCAGCUGGCUACAGUGAAUGCUCAGCUGCGGGCUGAGAAGGAGGAGGCUCAGGUGAGCCAGGAGAAAAAGAGUGCCCUCACCACAGAGGUUGGCACACUGCGGAAGAACUGUGGCCAGCUGGAGAAGGCUAUGGUGGAGCUUCAGGGAAGUCUGGAAAGCAAGAAUGCCGGUCUCGCUUCCCUAAGCAAUGACCUGAAGGUGGCCGAAGAUCAAUACAACAGGCUGAUGGGGAAGGUGGAGGAGAUGCAAAUCACUGUGACCUCAAGAGAUAAUACAGUUCAGGAGUUGCGUCAGCAGAUGGGUGGUCUUCAGAACCAGCUUCAACAGGUGCAGCUGGAGCGCAGCACGCUGCAGAGCCGACUGAAGACCUCACAGGCUGAGAUUGACUCACUCCAGCAGGUCAGACAGUGGUACCAGCAGCAGCUGGCUCUGGCCCAGGAGGCAAGAGUACGACUGCAGAGCGAAAUGGCCAACAUGCAGGCCGGACAGAUGACUCAGAUUGGUGUUAUGGAACAUCUGAAGCUGGAGAAUGUGACGCUGUCUCACCAGCUGAAUGAGACACAACAUCGGUCCAUAAAAGAAAAAGAGCGUAUUGCUGUUCAGUUGCAGAGCAUUGAGGCUGACAUGAUGACCCAGGAAUCGGCUUACAAGCAGAUCCAGGAUGCAAAGACCAUGGUGGAAGAUGACCUGCAGCACAAACUGGAUGAGUUUGAGGAAGAGCGUGAGCACUUAAUAAAACUGGCCAACACAGCCAGCACACUGGAAAGGGAACUAGAGCAGGUGAGGUUGAGCCUUUCCCAGAAGGAUGUGCAGCUGCAGUCACUCCAGAAAGAACAUCUGGAGCUCAUGCGCCAGCUGACAACCACUCAGGAGAACCUGCACACCAAAGAGCUGUCCAUCAACCAGCUGGAGGCCCGCUACCUGGAGCUGGAGGCCCAGCUGGCCGAGCUGCAGACUGAGAGCAAUGCCAAGGACGACAACAUCCAGUACCUCCAGAACGAGAAGAUUGUCCUGGAGGUGGCGCUGCAAGCAGCUCGGGCUGACAAGAGUCAACUUGACGAAGGCGCCGAGCGGCUCGGAGAGGAUGUUCUGGUGGCCUCGGAUGUCUUGGAUCAGCUCAGACAGGAAGUCCAGGUCAAAGCCAGUCAGAUUGAAACUCUCCAACAAGAAAACAGUGCUGUGAAGAAACAAGCUCAGAAGUUUAAGGAGCAGUUCCAACAACAGAAGGUGAUGGUGGAAGCUUACCGCCGGGACGCCAGCUCCAAAGACCAGUUGAUCAGUGAGCUCAAGUCCACCAAAAAGCGUCUGUUGGCGGAGGUGAAGGACCUGAGGCAGGAGCUGCUGGGCGUCCAAGGGGAGAAGCAGAAGGCAGAGCUGGAACAGGUCCGGCUGCAGAAGGAGGUGGUGAGAGUCCAGGAGCAGCUGAGUAACAUGGAAGCUCAUCUGCAAACCAUUCAGAAGGAAAGGGAUCAUCUGGAAAACCACAUCCAGUCUCUGCAGUUUGAUCAGAGCCAGCUUGCAGCAGUGACACAAGAGAACGAAAGCCUUAGGAAACAGGUGGAGCAAAUGGAGGGUGAAGCCAAAAAGGCAAUCUCAGAGCAGAAGGUGCGCAUGAAGCGGCUGGGGACAGAUUUGACCAGUGCUCAGAAGGAGGUGAAGGCCAAACACAAGGCCUAUGAGAACGCUGUGGGCAUCCUGAGCAGGAGGCUGCAAGAGGCCCUGACUGACAAGGAGGCGACCGAGGCAGAGCUGGUCAAACUCAAGGCCCAGGUGUCGGACGGGGGAAACAGCCAGGCCUUGCAGGUGAAGAUUAAGGCUCUGCAAGAGGAGCUGCAGGCUGUAUCCAAGAGCAAGACUAUGCUGGAGAAGGAGCUGCAGGAGGUGAUCAACCUUACCUCCACAGAGCUGGAGGAAUACCAGGAGAAGGUCAUGGAGCUGGAGGAUGAGCUUCAAGAGGCGCGGUGCUUCAAAAAGCGGAUCAGAAAGUUAGAAGACGCCAACAAGAAGCUAGCACUUGAGCUGGAGCAUGAAAAAGGGAAACUGGCUGGAUUGGCACAGUCUCACAAUUCACUGCGGGAGCAUUCCAACAUUUUGGAGUCUGCCCUUGCCAAGAGAGAAGCAGAUCUUGUCCAACUCAACUUACAGGUUCAAGCUGUUCUAAAGCGUAAAGAGGAGGAGGACCAGCAAAUGAAGCAGGUGGUACAGACUCUACAACUUGCCUUGGAAAAAGAGAAAACCAAAGUCAAGGACCUGAAGGAACAGGUGGCAGCAGCAAAGGCUGAGGCAGCUCACAACAAACGGCACUACAGGGCGGCCAUGCUGGAGCUGACGGAGAUCAAGAAAGACCUGCAGGCCAAAGAGGACCUGGUCAAAGCUCUGCACCUUGAAGCACACAAACUACAGGCUCGGGAUGAGCAGCACGCUCUGGAGGUGUCCGGGUUCCAGGAGGAGCUGACCGAGGCUCACUCACAGCUCCAAAUCCUCCAGAAACAACUGGAUGAGGAACUGGCCAAGCAGCCCCUCACUCACCAAGAGGUUGAAGACCUGAAGUGGGAGGUGGAGCAGAGGCAGAGGGAGAUUGAAGCUCAGAAGCAGCAGGUGGAGAUGAUGGAGCAGUGCCAACACAGGGAGCUUGACAACCUACAGACGGCUCUACAGAACAUCAAGGUGGAGCUGGAGUCGGUGCAGGAGGAGCUGAGCGGCACCAGGAAGGACAAGUUUAUGCUGCAGGCCAAAGUGGGUGAGCUGAGGAACAGCAUGAAGACAGUUCUGCUGCAGAACCAGCAAUUCAAACAGGACCUCAAAGGGAGCCGCCUGAGGAAGCGCAUGGAGUUAAAGAGUGAGGGGAACCCAUCCAACCCGAUGACACCAGUUAAGAUCCCAGACUGCCCAGUGCCUGCGUCUCUACUGGAUGAGUUGCUGAAACCAUCAGCUUCUGUCAACAAGGAGCCCCUCAACAACCUGCACAACUGUCUCCGGCAGCUCAAGGAGGAGAUGGACAGCCUCCAAAGGCAGAUGGAGGAACACACAGUAACAGUACAUGAGUCAGUGAGUUCAUGGACAAACGCAGAACUGGGGCUUCAAAACAACAAAUCCUCAACACCACUAAACAACAUGGUGGUAGAAAAUAACAAUGAAGCAGAAGAGCAGGAAUCCUAACAGAAGAACUUUUUUCAGGCCAAUAGAGGGAGAGUGGAGUUUUAUCCACAAAGGCCGUUUUUAGUCCCAUAAUCUCUUUCUCUUAUCAAGUGCUGCCAACAUUUGGCAUUCUCCCAUUGGCACAGAAGUGCGUUUCGCAGAGUAAUACUUUAUAUACCAUAGCUUUAUUCUUUCCUCUUUUUUUUCGAUGGAUGUUAAUAUUUUUGUUUUGCUUUUGUCACAUUUAUUUAUUUAGAGUUAAAGAAUUACAACUCCUUCAUUUGACUGCCUGCUCUAACAGGAUCCCUCAUCUACAGUUUUGUUAUCAUAGAUACAAAUAUGGUCGACUUGUAAACUGAUCCGUUUAGCCAGUUCUCCCUGUUGAAGUUUUACUCAAUGAAAGGUAUUUAGUCAUCGUCCUUUUCAUAAAAUUAAAAAUUGGCGGCUUUGAUGCUGCUUAAUUAUGGCUGACAUUAUUUCAAAUAGUGUUUUGGUGACAGAAACGACAGUUGAGUCUGCCACCAGACUGACAAUAAACUGUUCUUCCAUUUGUCUGUGCCUGUGUACAAGUGAAGUUGCCUAUCUAUGAUUUAACUGACAUGCUUACACUUCCACAUUGUGUCUCAAGAGGCUCGUGAUGAAACAUCAUCCCUCCUUUUAGGGAAGUUGAAAGUCAUACAUUUAUGGUCAGUGUUUUUGUGUAUGGCCUCAUGUUAAAAUGCAGUGUUUAUCAUGUUGGUUGUUACCAUAUCACCUUGGGUUCUUAAACUCUGAAAAUACUAAUCUCAGUUAUCUGUGGAGAUGUUUUGUCUAGCAUGGACUGCAGUAAUUCGCACGCAAAAAAGCCUUAAGCAACCUUUCAUAUGCUGUAAAGGACUAAGUCGGUUUGGAUGAACGGAUUUCUGCUGAGGUUGUGCGCAAGAUGUAAUAUGCUGUAUCGUUUUACGUGUUCAAAUCCUUUUCUGAAGAAUGGUGUUUUGUGAAAUAAGUGGGUCACAUCAACUGACAUUGCAUACAAGAUGAUUCCAUCGUAAUCUGACAGAGAGAGAAAGUCUUAUGAUGAAGCAGAAAUGUUACUUCUAUCAGCAGGUGCAAUCUGAUGUGUUCAUUUUCUGUUGUUACAUUUGGUACAUACUGUAUUUACAAAAAAAGUAACCCCGGAGUCACAUGUUAUAUUUGUGUUAUGGCUGUUUCUGGGGUAAGGGGAUAAGUUAAUUGUUUCCAGAGGUUAAUAUAUAAAUACACUUCUUUUUUUUUGUAUGAUUGUAACUUUAUCAUAAUUGUUUAAUAGUGUAAAGAAGAUGAAAUACAAAAUAUCAAAUGAAAACCAUAAAGCAAACUUCAUAGUGAUUAUGGUACAGUUUGUAGAGGGCUCAUUGGAUGAUAUAGCAUUCAGCAUGCAACUGUGCGGCAGCUGCCGUGUUGGUGCACAUUCCCACUCUAAAUAAUGAAAUGCAGGAAACACCAUAUUAUGUCUAGGAAUUUCCAAAGGAACAAUACAUAUUUUGAGAAUGUUUGUUGAAGUUAAUAACUGCAAAAUGUUGAUAUAUUGUGUUCUAAAAAAACAAAAAAAACAACAAUUCCGAAUUUCCUUUCUCUGUAAUUUAAAGCAAUAUGUAAUAACAUUUGCUGGGGCACCUGAGCUGUAUGCAUAAACCUUUGCUGUAUGUUUUUUUUUCUUUCUUUUUUUUCUUCUUUCAAAUAUUGGAAUUGAUUCAUUCCUGUUUUAACAUUUGUGCUGGGAGAUGUGGUUGCUACGAUCAUAAAAAUUGCACUAUUCAACUGUCA